GGAUGCUUCUUUGAUUUGUUGAAAGCCCCCCCCGCGCCCCCCUUCCACAACCCCCCACCCCCUCCCCCCUCAGAAAAUGGUGAAGCAGUAGCAUGACACACGUUUUCGAGCAUGGCAGAUAGAAAAGGAAAACCUGUCACUGCGAUCAAAACACUCUCAAAGCGAGAACAAGAAGACCACAAAAAAAAGGAGGAAGAAAAAGCAGCUGAGGUUUUUGAAGAAUUCCUGGCGUCAUUUGAGACCAGCGAGAAAAGCGGAGUGAAAACUUUUGUCCGUGGUGGAAUUGUGAAUGCAACUAAAGAGGAAGAGGCAGCCGAAGUAAAGAAGAAUAAGCUGUAUCGACCAGCUGGCAAGUUUGUCCCCGUGUCCCAGCAUGUCUCGCCGGUAUCCUCUGCUGAAAGCAAGAAGUCUACAUUUAAAAAAAAGACAGAAGAAAAGAAGAAGAGCAAUCUUGAACUCUUCAAAGAAGAACUUAAGCUAAUACAAGAAGAGCGAGAGGAAAGAUAUAAAAAGAAGAAAAAUGAUUCUGGUGGCGGAGGAGGAGGAUUUGCAGAACUGGACACGCCACUAUCAGGACGGUCUGUGUUAUAUGAUGACCUGACUGUGCCGACCACCACUAACCUCUACAUCAGCUGCAUUAGCCCAAAGAUGAACGAGGAGAUCCUCUGCAAAGAGUUUGGUAAGUAUGGUCCUCUGGCCAGCGUGAAGAUCAUGUGGCCUCGAACAGACGAGGAGCGCUGCAGGACGUCCAACAGAGCCUUUGUGGCUUUCAUGACGCGGAAGGACGCGGAGAGAGCCUUGUCUUCACUUGACGGUAAAGUGAUCAUGGGGUUUGAAAUGAAGCUCGGCUGGGGUAAACCAGCACGGAUUCCGCCCCAGCCUCUCUACACGCCGGCGGGGGUGCGGGUCACCCCGCCGCCCCCAUCGGGCCUCCCCUUCAACGCUCAGCCGAGGGAUCGCUUCCGCAAUGACUUCACCAAGCCGCUCGGCAUGUCCAAAGGAGAGCUGGACAAGACUCUGUCCGAAGCCGUAGUCAAAGUGGUUAUCCCGACCGAAAGGAACCUAUUAUUCCUCAUCCACAGGAUGAUAGAGUUUGUGGUGCGUGAAGGCCCCGUGUUCGAAGCGGUAAUCAUGAACAAGGAGAAAAGCAAUCCUGAUUACAGGUUCCUUUUUGACAACAAAAGCCAAGAUCAUGUGUACUAUCGCUGGAAACUCUUCUCCAUCCUGCAGGGCCAGUCCCCGACAGAGUGGCGGACCACCGACUUUCGUUUGUUCCGGGGGGGCUCCAUGUGGAGACCCCCGAUCCUGAACAACUACUCUCAGAGAGACGAAGACCGAGCCGAUGCGGAGGAGGACGUUCCCCCCGAGGAAGAGGUGAAGAAAGGGCAGCUCAGAGCGGAGCACAAAGUGAGGCUGGAGACGCUGCUGAAGGAGCUCACUCCCAGCCGAGAGGAUGUCGCCAGCGCCAUGCUGUUCUGUCUCGAGCGAGCGGACGCAGCAGAGGAAGUAGUGGGACACAUCACGGAGUCUUUUUCCUUACUCCAGACGCCCCUUCAGAAGAAGAUUGCCAGGUUAUAUCUCGUGUCCGACAUCUUACACAAUUCAUGUGCCAAAGUAGCCGGCGCGUCAUAUUAUCGUAAAUAUUUUGAAACGAAGCUAACGCAGAUAUUCGGAGACCUUAACGCAGCGCAUAAAAACAUACAAGCCAGGCUGCAGGCAGAACAGUUUAAGCAAAAGGUCACGAGUUGCUUUAGAGCAUGGGAAGACUGGGCCAUCUACCCGGAGCCUUAUUUAAUCCACCUUCAAAACAUCUUCCUGGGCUUCGCCAAAGCAGUGGAGGAGUUGAAGGAGACCGCAGAGGAAGUGUCCGUCUUCAUCGACGGCGCGCCGAUGGACAGCGCGCCCAUAGACGGGCUACCUCUGCACAGAGACCCCGUGGAUGACCUGGACGGCUGCCCCCUGGGCUGGGACCCUCUGGACGGCGUCCCCGUGGACGACCUAGAUGGUGUUCCCUUAGCAGUGGCCAUGGAUGACAUCGACGGAAUGCCCCUGGAGGAGAGCAACGUUCCUCUCUCCACAGUGCCUUUGUCCAAGUGGGAGAAGACGGCUGAUACCGGGACAUUUUCUCAAGCCAAGGCCGAGUCCAAGUGGGACAUGGUGGUGGAGCCCAACAGUGAGGCCGAGGUGAAUGUAAGUGUCAACUCGCAGGACGGAGAUGAAGACUCGCAGAGUGACAGCAGCGACGACUCCGGCAGAUUGUCCAAGUAUGAGAGCGCAGACUUCCAGAGCUCCCUCAAAAGUUUUCAAAUGUCUGAAAGCAAAAGGAAACGCUUGAGAGAGCUGGAGGUAAAAGUCAUGAAGACCCAAGACGAGUUAGAAUCCGGCAAAAGGACGAGGAAGUCCGGGAUGAGCAUACAACAACAAGUGGAGCACUACAGGAACAAACUUCUCCAGAAGGAGUUUGAAAAAGAUGAAGACAAGAAUGAGAAGAGGUCUAAAGACAAGUCCAAGGAUGACAGAAAGGACAAAGACCGGAGCAAACGAAGCGAGGACGGCGUCAGGCGGCGCGGCCGCAGCAGAGAUCCCGACGAGCGCCCCCGGAGGUCGAGGAGCAGCUCCCCCUUAAAGACCAAGUCUCCCAAAUGGUCCAAGCAUUCCCGGUCGCCAUCCCCGAACCGGAAGACGGUGAAGUCGAGGUCGCGGUCGCCGCAUCGCUCCCACAAGAAGGCAAAGAAGAGCAAACAUUGACUCUCGAGCCUCGUCAUCCAGCGUCUGUCCUCUUGGUCCCGACUCACAGCACCCAUGCAAGAUCCAGAACUCUUUUUGUAUGAUGAAGUUUGAACACUGUAACUAAUUAUAUAUAUUUUUGUUUUCUUGUUUUGUUUUUAAAAUGAUAACCGGAAAUGUUGUUGCAAAGGUUCUGAAACUGAAUAAAUCACUGCGGGUAA